AUGUCAGGUCUAGAAAAGGGCUCCGAUGCCUGGAAGGCCCAAGACAAAGGUCCAGGCAUCAUCACAGUUUGCUGGAUCUUCACCGCUUUGAGCACGAUAUUUGUCCUUGGCAGAGUGGUUGUCAGGUGGAAGAUCAUGAGGAAGUUUCACAGCGACGAUUAUUUUGUCAUUGCUGGGCUGGUGUGUGGUUACAUUUCCACUUCGCUUUCGACACUUGCAGUAUACUCCGGUAUUGGCAAACAUCUCGAACUACUCACCUUGGAGCAACAAGAAGAUGGAAUGUUAUGGACGACCGCUGCUCAAUGCCCCGGCAUCAUGUCAUUUGGUCUACCUAAACUGGCGGUAGUAUCGCUCUUGACACGAUUGAUGAACCCUGGUGCAUACCACAAGUGGUUCCUGUGGUGGAUGGCGAUAUGGUAUCAGUUGACACUUUUUGUGACUGUUGGGCUUCUGAUAGGACGGUACACACCAACGAGCUCAUUAUGGGACUUCUCUAUUGAGGGGACCUGCUUCAGCCCGGAAAUUCUCAUCAAUUUCUCCAUUUAUGCUGGCACAUUUUCGGCAUUCGUUGAUGUCUACCUAGCUGUGUAUCCGGCCAUCGUCCUGCUCCGCCUGCAAAUGGCAUUGAAGAAAAAAAUUGCAUUAUCUUGUGCUCUUGGCAUUGGCGCCAUCUCCGGCGUUGUCGCCAUUUACAAAACAACACGCCUUCCGCUCCUCGCUAGCGAAGAUUACUCAUACGAGACACCUGACUUAGUAGUCUGGACCGUGAUCGAAGGCAGCACCAUCAUUAUUGCAAGCUCUAUCCCUGUCUUACACCCGCUCCUAGAGCUGAUCCUCAAACGAAAUCCCUUCUCAUCUGCAAGAGCAUCGAGGCCAACGGCUAAAUCCUCUGAGAACAAUACGGGAUCAGCACCAAGUAACUAUCGCCCCUCGCGCGUGUAUGGAAACUACGAAUAUGAACUAGGCCAACGCAAAGCGAGAGCAAAGCCCCGAGAUGACCUCGGAUUUACCAUCGUUGAAGGGGACAGCCAAGAGAACAUCUUUCCCAGGGAAGGGAGACCACAACCUCAAACAGCUGCAUCUAUCGGCAGCCAGCUAAGUCGGCCCGAGGACAGGGGCACUGUUCGUACCGAUGUAGUUACUGUAUCCUACGACGAGAAAGCACUAGCAGCAGAGACUUCGGCUUCAAAACGAUGGAGGCCGGUAUAG